AUGUCCAGCGAAUUCUGUGCGGGCCUUACCUCUGCUAUGAACCGGAAGAACUUGACCCUUGAGCAAGUUGCUGGCGCGAUAGGCUCAGAUGUUGGCCGUACCACCCAGAUCUUCAAAGGCCAGACUAACCCCACGGACGCCGAGCGCACCAAGCUGUACAGCGCUCUCGGCAUCCAGAACGCCCCAUCCGACCUCAGCGCUCACGUCCACGGGCAGAAGUGA